GACAAGGCCCACCUGCAUUAGGGAGGGUGACCUGCUUCACGCAGAGCCUAUUGACUUAAGUGUCCAUCUCAUCUAGAGACACCUUCACAGCAUGUAUGUCCUGUGGCAGUGUCCCCCGUCCCAAUGGCCCAUGCAGGACGAGCGCCCUCCAGGCAUGGCUGUGUUCCAGGCAGUGCACUAAACCACCUGACCUCGGCCCCCUCCUCCCCAGACUGGUACUACCACCUUCCUGCAAAGCGGUCCGAGAAGGCCGUGGAUGUCCCACCGGCGUCCCAGAUCCCAGGCCUCAGCGAGCUUCGGGACCCCCCCAAUGGGCACGUGCUGGGGACGCGGAGGUACUGGAUCAAAGAGACGGACUCGGAGUACGUGAAGCUGGCCAAGCAGGGCGGCCGGCCCGAUCUGUUGAUGCACUUGGUCCCCGGGGCCGGGUCCGGGACGGGGACCAGGAAAGGCUCCGCAGUCACCUACUCUCUGCCAGACUGGUACAUCCACCACAGCAAGCCGCCCACGGCCGACCAGAGGCCGGCCGCCCGGCGCGUCCCACUGACUCGGGGUUCUGUGUGCUCCCUCGCACAGGUGAGGCUGCCGGCCAUUCACACGAAGCCCCCCAGCAAAGCGGGGACCCCGCUGGGCCCCAGGGACCCGGCAGGAGGGAGACUCUCCUUCCCACCCAUGCCUGGCCUGAAAACGGGUUCACCCACAAACUUUUCCAAGCUUAUCAGCAAUGGCUACAGGGACGAGUGGUUACAGCAGCGAGGCCACGCAGACGAGGGCGCCCCGCAGGUGUCCGGAGCACCCGCGACGCCCCAGUCCCCGCGGGACCCUGCAGAGCGCGAGGAGGCCCAGCAGCCGCCCAGCCCCGAGGCCCCCCAGGGCCCCCAGGCCCCUGCAGAGGCUCAAGAGUCUUCUCCAGCAAGUCGCGCAGCCUCUCCGCCCGCCCCGGCGCCCGCCCCGGAGCCCCAGUAGACCCGAGGCAGGCAGGCGGCGCUCAGGGGUGCUCCCGCGGCUGACUGUCACAGCUCCCCCGACACGGCUCCCGGCACCGUCCUGAGCACGGACUCGUGAGAGGGUUUCUCAGCAGAUCGGACGUCACCGUCGCACAGGGGGGGUCGGGGGUGGGUUUUGCUGCCUGCGUUUCUGGGACGCGAGGUGGCCCCGCUGUCCUGGCACGGCCUGUGUCUUGGGACCAGCCACUUCCUCCCCGUCAGCUGACGUCACCGGCCGCGUGUCCCUCCCACUGGCAUCCCUGCUGAAUCUGUCGCUGAGACGAGACCAGGAGAAACUCGCAGACUUUUCCAUCGUUUGGCCCUGGAGCCUGUGUAGAAAUAAUUUUUCUGUUACAAAAAAAAUAAUUCCAGAAUAUUGUGAUCUAGUUUAUAUUAAGAAAAAGCUUAGUUUAUUAUGCCUUAAAGUUUUAAACAUUUAGUACUAAAGCAUUGGAGCAUGUACUUGUUUUAAAUUUUUGCUCGUAUCAUUUUACAUAAAGUGAAAUCUCUAAUAUUAAAAACCAUUUAUUAUUUUUAUCCUUUAAGUAAAAAUACGUAUAAUUUUAGUGUUUAAUUUAGCCUUCACAAAAAUUUAUUAAUAAUCGGAUUGAAUUCUCUUGUUUUAUAAAUUGUUACUGUUUACAUGCAAAUAAUUAGCACUAAAAUGUGAUUUUAUAUUUUGUACAUUUAAUUCGAUAGUAAAAUAAUAAUUUUCUGCUGGAAGAUUUUCAGAAAGCUAAAUAAGGUCACAGAUAUUUUCGUGUCUUUCGCAAAGUAAACUUAUCAUGAGCUUGCUCACCUAAAA